GCCCGCCCCUCCCACCCCCCAGUUCUGGGUUGGCUCGCGCCCAGCGGCAGCAGGAGCCGGAGACACCGGGUGGAGAAGCCGCAGCUGGAGCAGGAUUUGAAUAACCAGGGUAUGUGGUUCCACAUACAGAAGAGGCACUUCCUAAUUUUAAUGACCAGGCAGGCUUGGGCAUCUGCUUCCUGGGACCAAGUGUCAUCCUCUGAUUAGAAAACAGGGUAGAGUCAAAUCAACUAUAAAACCCGUCUGCUCCACCAGCCAGUGGUUGGGGGGGGCAGAAGAUCUGGGAGAAGAGCACUUACUUUGGUCUUGAAUGUCUACAGAGCUGACAAGAGAGUAGACUGUCCCAUUGGCUUAAUACACAGAAGAGGAGAAAAAGAUCUGAAAUACUGAACAGGAAGCUAAAAGAUCCUCAUAAGUGACUGAUCUAUGAAAUGGCAGAGAAUGGAACAGAUUGUGACCAGAGACGCAUAGGAAUGAUCAAAGAACAGCACAAUGGGAACUUUACAGACCCCUCUUUGCCAUGUGAACGGAAGCGAAGGGACCGAGAAGAGAGGCAAAAUAUUGUGCUCUGGAGACGACCACUCAUUACCUUGCAGUAUUUUUUCCUGGAAACCCUAAUAAACUUGAAGGAAUGGACCAUAAAAUUGUGGCAUCGCCGAAGUAUCGUGGUGUCUUUUUUGCUGCUGCUUGCAGUGCUUACAGCUGCGUAUUAUAUAGAAGGAACACAUCAACAGUAUGUGCAGUAUAUGGAGAAAAAAUUCUUGUGGUGUGCCUACUGGGUAGGCUUAGGCAUUCUGUCCUCUGUUGGACUCGGAACAGGUCUUCAUACCUUUCUACUCUAUUUGGGUCCACACAUAGCAUCAGUUACACUUGCUGCGUAUGAAUGUAACUCAGUUAAUUUUCCUGAACCACCGUACCCUGAUCAAAUUAUCUGUCCUGAUGAGGAGGGGAUUGAAGGAUCCAUCUCUUUAUGGACCAUAAUCUCAAAAGUCAGGCUAGAGGCCUGCAUGUGGGGUGCUGGCACAGCUAUUGGAGAGCUGCCUCCUUAUUUCAUGGCCAGAGCAGCCCGACUCUCUGGUGCUGAACCUGAUGAUGAAGAGUAUCAGGAAUUUGAGGAGAUGCUUGAACACGCAGAGGCUGCACAAGACUUUGCCUCCCGAGCUAAACUGGCCGUCCAGAGCCUGGUGCAGAAGGUUGGAUUCUUUGGCAUUUUGGCCUGUGCUUCAAUUCCAAAUCCUCUGUUUGACCUGGCAGGGAUAACAUGUGGCCACUUUCUGGUUCCCUUUUGGACCUUCUUUGGUGCAACCCUAAUUGGGAAAGCAAUCAUUAAAAUGCACAUCCAGAAACUUUUCGUUAUUAUAACAUUCAGCAAACAUAUAGUGGAGCAGAUGGUGUCCCUAAUUGGUGCUGUCCCAAGUAUAGGUCCCUCUCUUCAGAAGCCGUUCCAAGAGUACUUGGAAGCUCAGCGAAUUAAACUUCACCACAAGUCUGACAAUGGAGUGCCACAGGGGGAGAACUGGUUAUCAUGGAUGUUUGAAAAACUUGUGAUCGUCAUGGUUUGCUAUUUCAUCUUGUCUAUAAUAAACUCCAUGGCCCAAAGCUAUGCCAAACGAGUGCAACAGAAGACGUACUCUGAGGAAAAGACAAAAUAAGCUGGGUAAAACCCAUUGAAAUGGGCUUUAGCAGACAUGCAAGUGACAGGUCUUAUUAUAUGUUAAAAAUUGGCAUUAUUCAAAACAGGGAAAGGCUUUUUAAAAUCAUCAGUUUUCCAGCUGUAACAAAUUUUUAAUUAUUUUCUUUUGAAAGUAAUUCACUAUUAGAGAAUAACUUUCAUUUACAAAUGUAUGUAUGUUAAGGUAAUGUAUAUACUCUUUAAUUCAGUCUGAGUUGUACUUUCUCGGGUGGCACGUGGGAUGCUAAACUAAUGCUGAACAUAAAUGCUUUCCAUUCAAGUUAAUUCCAAACUUGAUGAUUUAAUACUUAGCACAACUCCAGAUUUCCUGAUUAACUUGCAGCCUGGCCUAAACGUAACAAUUUUCUUUGGAAGGAUGGCUGUCAUGCCUCAUAAUUUCAAGGUCAUUGAAAUGUGUGUAAAUGAUAGUAGACUGGGUAACAUUCUUGCAUGUCCCUCAUAGUAAUACGAGUCCAUCUGAGUUCUCAGAAAUGCCGUCACAUCGCACAUGCUCUCAGUUGGAAAAGCCGCCCUUGCCAACUUCAUAAUGGUGUAAGCAGAGACGGCUGAUGUCAAACUGGUGCAGUUCACUUUUUUUAUUCUGUAUAUUUAGAAUGAAGUCAAGAUAAAACUUUAUAAAGUCAUCUUUGAUCAUUCCAGAAUUUCUUGUCAGUCUUUUUAAGCUGUUUCUUCCUCUCAAUACCUUUGGUAUACUCAGUUUCUCUUUAGUUUCUUUAUUAAGCCUAUGUCCAUUUUAUUGCAUGCUUACUAAUCCUUCAUGUACAGUAAGCACAGAAACCUUUUGUUAAUUUUUCUUGAACUUCUUGCUCAGCAGAAGGAAGUAGAAAGCAUGUAUUUGGCACCUUGCAGUAUGGUAUGAUUUAUUCAUUUAAGGAGGAUCGUUGAAUAACGUUACUAAUUUUUUUUUAUCGUAUCACUCUAGGUAUUUGCUUAAUGUCAGGAAUACAGAUUUAUAGCACUCUGAGUGCUGCAGGAAAAAAGUUGGGGAAGCGUAGAAAUCAGAAAUUAAGACAGGUUUGAUGUAAAACACAGGAAUGGUAAUUAAUAACCAUAAUAAAGAACAUUAAAGUAUACUUUAAAAAUAUCCCAAUAUUUAUUCUCUUUUAAAUACUGUUACAAAUCAGUGUGUGUGAAAUCAAUUUGCAUUGAAGGGGCAGACUUUUUCUUUUCUUAGUAAAUAGGUGACCAUUCCAAUGCUACUGUGUAUAUACGACGCUUCUCUAAUAGUCCCUGAACUAGUAGGAAUGUAGUUUUGUUUUAUCCAUCAGAAUAUUAAAAUAAGUUGACUUGUUUAAUCAGACAUUCUUAAAUGGCGGUACAUGGAUCCUAUUUAGGAUAGAACUGGCUCAACACCUAUUAAAUUAGAUGUCUGCCCAUUAGAGUAGGGCAGCUCUCGAGCAAGGCGCAAUAAACGUGCAUUUUGUUCUGCCUGAAUGUUCACUUGUGUUGCCUACCGUCGUGACAUCUCCAUGGCUGUACCAUCCUGUCGGAUAGCUUAUCAGACUGAUGUUGACUGUUGGAUCUCAUGGCAACAACAGUCGGUAGGCUGUCUGACAUUUUGGUAUCUUUCAUCUGACCGUUUGCUCAUUCAUCUCAAAUUCUGUUUUUCAUUGAACAUCAACAGGCAUUUAAGUGUUUAAAGUUUAGAACACAAAUGAUUUUAAAUGUAAAUGUAUCAUAACUAUUUUUCUUAGCACUCUGCAUAAGAAACACCUUAAAUUACAUUGCAAGGUGUGUGAGAUUUGUAAUGUUUUUGCUUUUGUGUGCAUCAUACAUAACUUUAAACAAACUGUAACAGUGUUACUUGAAUGCAUGAAGAGAAUUUUAUAUAGACUUCUCUAAACAUUGCUUCUGAUCUAAAAAUCUCAGUGGGACAUUUUCAAAGGCACACAAAGGGCAGUUAGUUGCCCAGCUCCCAUUGAAAUCCAGUGGGUGUUGGAGGCCCCACUCCUGUUUGUGCCUGGAGAUUUAACAAAGAACAAAAUGUAGCAACAAAUUCAUAUGACUAAUUAUACAUUUAUAAAAUCAUGACUAUUUGCUAUUUCACAGCAAUGGUUUAAAUCAGCCAAAACUUAAAUUAUGCAAUUUUUGGUUAGUCAUGUGCUAUUUAACAGCUUUGAGGCAUUUAUUUUAUUUUUCCCACAACAUGUUUUGACUUAGGAAAACACUGUGGUUUGCCAUUUGUCCCACUUUAUUUAAUAGCAGCUUUGUUUUGUUCAGAUCUAACAUCUGUCAAAUAUAUGGGGCACUAUUCUCAUUUACACCAAAGCUGUUUUACACCACUCUGGCAGUGGAAAGGGCCCAAAAGAGUACAUUUAAUUUAGGCCUUCUUUAAGGUCCCUUCAUGCUACCAGAGUGAGAUGAAAGGAUCUUGUGUAACUAAGAUUCUGGCCCUAGAUCUUUCUGUCUCACAGCAUGUCUUCAGAUGAUUUCUCAGAUACGCUUUUAGUUGCAUCUUUUAUCCAAAGUCUUUACAGUGACUCUGCCUAACAACCAAACAAAUUGCAAGCUUUCCCCCACGUAUAUAUAGAUGAUUCUGCAAACCACAUUUAUAUGUGUCCGUUCUGGUGAACUGUGCUGUAAUUCUGAAAGCUUUCUAAAGUUCAUCUUUUAUCUGAUAUUUAGAGAAUGGACUGAACAGUAUACCUGCUUCUUUCUUAUCAGACACUGGAUGGUGAUCCUUUAAUACUUAAUACAAGGUAAAAAAUAAAGAUUUCCAAAUUGAUGUUUUCAUGUUUGCUCAAAUAAAAAUAAUAUCUCUAA